AUGCUCCUCUGGUCAGUACAUGUUCUUCAGUUAAUCUUCGACGUUAUAGUUCCAGUGGACUUCGAAACGUGCAAAUAUAGAACUUAUCCAUGGGCCACACACUUUUGUGCACGUAGCCAACGCUUCGAAACUCCGACUAAUAAUACCGUACAACCUUGUG